GUGAGGAUUCACACACAACCAGAUAAAUAUCACAGUUCAGUCAUGUUUUAGAUCAGACACUUGAUUAGUGUUGUGAGCUUUUCAGUGAACCGAUGAAGAAAAUGUUUCUCAAAUUACUUUUGCUCUGUUUGUGUCUGUGGCGUCUGGAUGGUGUGUUUGGUUUUCUUGACGCGAAACAAAUAUCAGUGAGGGAGGGAGAGAAAGUCACUCUAAACAUUGGUCCUGCUAAACUGAAGGAUGGUGAUGUGAUUGAGUGGAAGUUUGUAGAAACUUUAAUAGCUGAAAUUGAUAAACGGGCCAACAAAUUCACUGUAUAUGAUGAUGUUCUUGAUGGGAGAUUCAGAGACAGACUGAAGCUGAACAAACAAACUGGAUGUCUGACCAUCUCAAAUCUCAGACCCGGACAUUCUGGACGUUAUGAGACCAACAGACCAAACAAAAACUUUGUUCUCAUUGUCUAUGCAAAGGCAAUUUUAGUGAAUGAGGGAGAUUCAGUCACUCUAAACUCUGGUCGUAAUGAAUUGAAGGCUAAUAAUCGGAUUGAGUGGAGGUUUGGAGAUUCUAACACUUUAAUAGCUAAAAUGAAUAAACAGGACGACAGCAUCACUAUAUAUGAUGAUGUUCUUGGUGGGAGAUUCAAAGACAGCCUAAAGGUGGACAAACAAACUGGAUCUCUGACCAUCACAAACACCAGAAGGAAACAUGAUGGAGAAUAUAGAAUACGGAUACAUGGAGCAAAUUUUACAUAAAAAA